AUGUCUCCAAGUACGGAAAAUUAUGAUAAUUGUUACUGUGUGCAAUUGCGUUAUGCAUUUGGAAUCGUGUGUUUCAUUUUGACUUCAUAUUUUUAUAUUUAUACUAAACGUAAACAAUUCAAAAAUAUCACAACGAAAAUACCAACAAUUUUUGGACUACCAUUUAUUGGGAUAGCAUAUAAGUUGGUACCUAUCAAAAGAUUUUUAUACAUAAUUAGUUCAUAUUUCGAAGAGUUCAAUACAUCAACAUAUUGCGCGUGGCUGGCUACGUGUCCAGUAAUUGUCACCAUAGACCCAGAUAUAAUCAAAACUGUUACAUCAUCAACGGAGUUUCUGACCAAAGCGGAAGUAUUAUAUAAUCCCAUUAAUAAGGCUAUACCAAAGGGAAUAAUUACAAGCGAAGUUAUUACAUGGAAGCACAAUCGCAAAUUAAUUAAUGGCUAUUUCAAUCAUAAGUUACUGAUGAGCCUUUUUCCUCUUUUUAACCGAGGUGCGAAUACUAGCGUUGAACGGUUGAGUAAACUUUCAAAUGGUGGCGAACAUAAACUAUUUGAUCUUAUUAAACGCGUAACUCUGGAAAUAGCCAUAGAAGCCACUAUGGGCAUUGACAUGAGAGAAGGUGCCAGUGAAAAUUAUGAGCUUAUCGAUUUGUUUACUAUUUUAAUGGAGAGAAUUGCCGAAGAUGCUGCGUGUUCUACAUUGGGGCUCGGUUUCUUAGCGCGCACACCCGAUUAUUAUAAGUCGCGCCGUUCUUUGCGAAAUUUUAUGAAUAAGUUAAUAGAAAAGCGUACAAACAACAAUAAUAUGCCUAAAGUUGAAGAAUGGCAGUAUGAUGAAGUAACCAUGAGCUCAUUUUUAGAUAUUGCACUAAAUUAUUGCGAUAAUGGAAAAUUUGAAAAGGAAGACGUUAUCAUAGAAUCUAUCAGCUUGAUUGGUGCGUCGUUCGAAACAGUUGCCACUGCGAUUUAUUCAGGCUUAGUAAUGUUGUCUAUGCAUUCGGAUGUUCAAGAGAAACUUUUUCAAGAAAUCCAUUCGAUAUGGUCAGUAAAUGACAUACAAGUUACUUACGACCAUCUGAAAGAAGUUCCUUACCUAGAUAUGGUUGUUGCGGAAACGCUACGACUUAUGCCAUCAAUACCAAUAGUCGGACGUCAAACUAUACAUGAAACGAAAUUAACGUCAGAUUUAAUUUUGCCACCAAAAAUGCAAGUGAUAGUACCAAUAUUCACUUUGCAUCGUGCGAAAACUUGGUGGGGACCAAAAGCACACCUCUUCAAUCCCGACAAUUUUCUGCCCGAAAACAUAGCCAAACGAAAUCCAUAUGUAUAUAUGCCAUUUUCAAAAGGCGCCAGAAACUGCAUUGGCUGGCGUUAUGCUGAGAUCGCAGUAAGGAUUUUGCUUAUAUUGCUCGUCCGGAACUUCAAAUUCUCUACAACAUUCAAGUAUGAAGAUCUACAUUUCGUCGACCACAUAAGUUUGUGGUACGACGUUGAACCAAAUAUAAGACUUGAAUUGAGAAAAUUAUGAAGCAUCAUGGAAAUUUGAAUUGACUUAAUAAACUAAUAUGAAAUUAUCUAUAGGAAUAUAUA